UACCGCGUUUCUUGUCGCAGCAGUGGAAUCGACAGUUGUCUUAGCCCGCUGUACUAUACUAAAGUCUGCAAUUUUAAGCAGCGAUGCCGGACCUAAGUCCCACGAUCAACAAUGUCUCGCUGGCUCUCUAUGGAGGCGCGACGUCGAUGGUGGAAUCGGGAAAUUUCUUAGUGUCUCCCAUCAGCAUUCUGUACGCUAUGGUGUUGGUGUAUCUAGGAGCACGCGGUCCCGCUCGGGAUAAUUUAUAUGAAGCGCUGGAUUUCAAGGAAUUCACCAAAUCAGGGGCGGAUGCGGACGUGGUCGGUGCGUUUGGGCAAUUGAUGAGCGACUUGAAAGUGAAGGCGGCAUCAGCAACUCCUGUGGAUAACAAAGGAAAAAAUAAGACAUCUGCCAGCUCGAAGUCAACGAAAUUAAAGGAUGAUGCAUUCCAGUUAGCACUGGCCAAUGGGGUGUUUCUGCGGAAAGGUAUGAAUUUUAAUCAGAAUUACCUGUCCAUGGCCAGUCAGCAACUCAAAUCCUCCAUUCAGACCGAGGAUUACGCGGCUAACCCGGCAGCAGCGGCCAAAGACAUCAACAAAUGGGUCGCCGAGCGGACCGGCGGGGAAAUUCAAGAUCUUAUCCCGGAAGAGGCGUUGGACGUGGACACCCUGGCUGUUUUAGCCAAUGCAGUGUAUUUCAACGCUCAGUGGAAUACCGUGUUUCCACCUGAGGAAGUCAUCACGGACGCUGAUUUUCAAUUGCUGAACGGAUCAACGGCCACGGUGUCCAUGAUGUAUGUUGUGGAUAAAUUUCGAUACGUGGAGGAUGACCAACUGGAUUUGAAGUACCUGGAAAUUCCCUAUAUUAACCACGAAGCAUCUAUGCUGGUGUUCUUGCCCAAUAAUGACACGGGGCUGCGAAGUCUGGAAAAAGCCAUGACCGCGGAGGUUUUGCAACGUCUGCAGAGUAAGGCUGAAAAAGGAGCGCAGAUGUUAGUCGAACUUCGGUUGCCGAAAUUCAAGCUGGAGAGCGGUUUUGAUUUGCUGCAACUGCUGAAAAUCAUCGGUGUUACAAAUAUAUUCACUGCAGAAUGUGACCUUUCGGGAUUGGUGCCCCAUAGCCCCGCACAUGUUGAUGGGGCUUUCCAUAAAACCUUCAUUGAGGUGGAUGAGAAAGGAACUAAAGCGGCCGCAGCCAGCGCAGUGAUAACCGCCGGUCGCAGCUCUGGGGGUCACACUCCUGAUUACCGACGAUUUUUUGCCGAUCAUCCCUUUCUCUAUGCAAUUCGUCACAACCGUACCAAGGCUGUCUUGUUUAUUGGCCGCUUUGAAUCUCCAGCCGACUUGCCGCAGCCAUAAGUGCCUUCCAGACUGUUCGUAGCACCAAUACAGAUUGUGUGGUUACAUACAAAGGAUAAACUGUAGCAGCAAUAAACGUUUUUGCAAGUUUUCUAUAAUAUGAUGUGACCGUCCACCUAAGUGAUUGAUGGAACCCUGCAUUACUAUGUUUUGAUUACAUAUUCUGUGUUUUCGCAAAACUAUGAGAUAAGAGUUGAUUGGUCAUCUGCAUUAAUCGUUUUGCAGCGCAGUUAUACCCAUGGUUUAUUGCCCAAUAAAAA